AUGGAUGGGAUUUGUUUCAGUAAAAUGGAAAAUUUUGAAGAUUUCCUGAGCCAGGUUACGCAAGCUGCAAUUGAAGCCCAUAAACGUGCCGAAGAAGAACGAAGACGCGAAGAAGAAAAGGAACGAUUAUUGAGGGAGCAGAGAAUAGAGGUUGAAAAGGAAGAAAUCGAAGAAAAUGUGAAUAAGCUCGAGGUAUCUUUCGUACAUUCCCAUUCGCAUCCGGCAUUGAUCAAAACACUGCCAGGCGGAUAUUAG